AUGCCACCAGGAACUCCGUUCUCCUCACUGAUCCCCCCGUAUUCAAACAUUCGCGUCGACCUCUUUACCGACCCAACCGCAAAUGGCAAACCUCCGGCGCUACACUUGCUCACCCAUACCCAUUCAGAUCAUAUUGUAGGGUUGUCAUCGAAGUCAUUCGCACAGCCGAUAGUCUGUUCUCCCGACGCUAAAGAGAUGUUACUGAGGCAUGAGCUGUACAAGGAGCGCGCUUUAUUCGAUGGGGGAGUUGAUGGAAAUCUCCCUCGGUCUCAGGCUGAGGAGAAUGCAUAUCAAUAUCGGGUAGAGCGGGUGCGGACGUUCAAGCACCUGAAGGUUGAUCCUGUGAGGACAGCCACGGGACAUGUUGACUAUACAUGGUCAAGGGACUUGCUACAAGCGAUCCCGUUGAAUACACCAACCGAAUUCACUCUCAGUGCAACUGAAACUGUGAUUAUAACCCUCAUAGACGCGAAUCAUUGCCCUGGUGCUGUCAUGUGUCUCAUUGAAGGAACCCGCGGAGCAGUUCUUCACACAGGAGACGUCCGCGCUGAACCAGUGUUCAUUGAGGCCCUCAAACUCAAUCCACAUCUUCGCCCAUACUUAACCUCAACAAAAACGUUGGAGGCGAUAUUUCUAGAUACCGCGUGCUUACUUUCCACGGCGGAAGUGCCUUCGAAGAAAUAUGCAACUGAUGGCCUUGUCUCGCUCAUGAAGUUAUACCCCUAUUCGACGCGUUUUUUCGUCAACGCGUGGACAUGGGGAUAUGAGGACAUACUCAAGGCUAUUGCGUACGAAUUUAGGACCCAGGCGCGUUGGCAUCUCAUUCCUCCUCCUCGCUUAUCCGACGCGUCUCUCGCAUCCAUCUUCACUCGCGAACUUGGUGCCACGAGAUUUCACGCUUGCGAACGGUUUGAUAGGUGUAGCGAAGUCAGCGUUAACGGUGCUAAACACCAAAUUGUAUACAUUAAUCCCGUCUCCAUGGACAAACAUAGUUGGGAGGCUUAUCAAGUGGAGACGAGGAGCAGGAUUGAAAGUGGUGAGCGCGUGGAUUGUCUAUUAGUCCCCCUCUCCCGGCACUCCCCUCUUCCCGAACUCCAAUCGCUCGUUCGUCUCUUCAAACCCAAACAGCUCCAUCCGAACACUCUCGAGCCUUCCCUAGGAGGCUUGGACUGGUUGGCCAUGCAAGAAAUGUUCGAGGAUUGUAUCUCCGGUAAUCCUCUUGACAUCGGCGCACGCCAAACCAUCUCGAAUGGCACUGAUAUCCCUGGAGUUCUCGAUGUUAGUAGACAAAGACGAGAUGCAGGCCUCGAGAACCUCAUGGGCGAUGGCAGCAAUGACAUCGCUCGACGCUGGGCCGAAGACGGAAAUGGAAACCCGAGCGGGAGGAUGAAACGGCAACUUAACGUACUGAGACGCUAUAUUCCACCGAAUAUACUACGGAAAUUCGGAGUUGCCGACGAGCCCGGAAAAGCCCGCGAGUCAUUGUAUGACAGACACAAUACGACCUUGGGGUCGGAGGUAGAGACUAUGGUAGCUCGGGCAGAUGGCAGCAGUUCUAUGUCCAGACUGAAGGAAGGUCGGGAGCAACAGAACGGCAGAGAAGUUAUAGUCAUCGAUGACUCGGAUGACGAACAUGCCGUUUCGCCCGGUCUUCCACCAGCCCUGCCCCGUACGCCUGAACCCUCUACGCGUUCGCGGUGGAAAGGGAAAGCCAAGGCCUCGUCACCUCUCUUUCCGACAAGCCCCCUCGAUGAGGAGACUCAGAGGAGUUUUGAUGACGAUGAUCGUGGAAGGACGGCGCAUUUCCUUUUCGCGCCGAUAUCUGGCAUAGCAAGUCCGGAAGCGAGAAAGCUGGGUAACGGGCUGGGUUUGGACUUGAAUGUAGGACAUCACAGCGAUUCUCAGAUAUCACUAUCAGAGGAUCAAGUUGAGGCUACAGCUGAACUCCAAGGAAGAAACGAAGGCGUUCAAGUUACACCACCUCGACGUUGUCCUCCUAGCCCAAUUGUGGGAAAAGACGUACAAUGCAAUGUGCGUUCGAAGCAGUUGGCCGGACCGCCUCCGCCACCCUUGUUUGAGCUUAUUCGAGGUGAUGCCAACCCAUUGCCUCAUUCACAGCCUGCGGAUUCAAUGACUUCGCAAGACUUGUCACCGUUGACGUUGUUGAAAACCAUCCCUUUUCCUCUACUAGACAUUAACAAUGUCUAUAUCCCCGCCACGCCGAAGAAGCAGCCGGCUGCUAGCACGUCUCAGCAUAGUGGUCAAUCUUCGCCCCUACUUUUGAUCUCUCAUCCUCCUAAGCGUACGCUCCCGGACACUCGCGAAGAAGAUGACCUCAGACAGGCUGAGGAGCGGGAACGAAAGAAACGCAAACUCGAAAUGAAAGAAGAACGAUAUGCUAUUGCUGAUCGCCUUGCUCGAGCGUGUUCAUCAUUGUCUACGCCAGAGUUUCGCGCGAAGCAAGCACGAAGAGAAAAACGGAAGAUCAAGAAGAUGGUUCAAGAGGAAUACAAAGAUGGCUGGGAACGGUUUUAUGAAAAUAUGUCGGUGUAUGAUGAAGGGGAGCUCGAACAUAAAGAUGGGUAUGGGACGAGCGUUCUCAACAACGAGCGGACGAAGGAAUUCAUAAGGAGUAUUCGUGAUAGUGUUGUCACAGGACAACGUAUCCGAUUGCCUCGGACCAGCUUUGCAUAA